AUGGCUAACACUACUAUUGAAGCACUGAAAGGAAGCUGGGACCAUGUUGAUGAUGACAAUUUUGACGAAUUUAUGAAAGAACUUGGUGUUGGAUGGGCAAUGCGUAUGGCAGCCAAAGCAGUAAAACCUCAUCUUAUUAUUAACGAAAAUAAUGGGAAAUGGACUAUAAAAUCAGAGAGUACGUUCAAAACGGUUUCUUACGAGUUUACACCAGGUGUUGAGUUUGAUGAAACAACACCUGAUGGUCGUGACGUUAAAACAACUAUUACAUUUGAAGGUAAUAAAUGGAUAAGCACGACAAUUGAUAAAAAUGGUAAAAGAUCUAUUGUUACACGAUAUGUCGACGAUAAUGGUCAACACAUCAUUGAAAUGGAAUGUGGCUCAGUUAAAGCUCGGCGUUGGUAUAAACGUGUUCAAUAG